UAGUUAAUCAUUUCUCUCUCUCAUACACACACAAUUUCUCUCUAAUCACAGUUUCUCAGACUUCAGACGCCGUCUCUUCCGUCUCCACCUCUCGUUCUCUCAACAUCGCUGGCAAUCGAUCUCUGCAUCAUCUCCGAUGGACGAUUUGCAUCUCGGCCUUAAAUCCAACAAUCGGUUCGAAAAUCGAUUGAAUUACUGAUCUCUCAAUCCCAAUCUGGGUCCACAAUCUACCCUAAUCCACAGCUCACACGAUGAAGAUUGACAAUCGACCACAAUCAUUGUCGAUUUCAAAAAUAAUCACUACAUAUUUCAACUGGAGGCAAGCAAUCGAAGUUAAUCCUUCUUCAUAGUGUCGUAACCCAAGAGCUUGUUACACAUUCAGAUGAACUGAAUCUUUGUUUUCUUCUUUUCCACCGUUCAUGGCGGCAGAUCUCACUUUCAGGUAAUGCUUCACUUGCAUUCUCGUUUUCACUUUAUCGAUUAUUGUUUUCAUUAGUUCAUCUUCUUCAUUGUUAUUUGUUCGUGGAAAAAGAGAAGAGUUUGGCAACUUGUACUUUCAUGGGAAGGUAUGACUGGUCACCGGUGUAUUAUUAGAGCUCUCACCUACCCGUCCUGUCUCUGAAAACCCCAAAUCCCAAACCAAACCCACCUUCUUCGACUAGUUCAAUUCUAGUCAAGGAGAACCAGGAGCAUCUCUCUGGCCGGAGAAAAUGGCCUCACCGUCACAGAGCAACUUGUUCGUGGUACGCCCGAUGGAGUCUCCGGCGACCGUAGCUCCUCGAUUUACGGUGGCGAUCACAUUCAAUUCACACAGCGGAGCAGCAGGUUCCGAAAAUGUUUCUAAAUUGAGCAUUAAAAGAAGUGGUAGAAGAAGUAAGUUAGUUUUGGUGUCUUCACUGGGUAAUCACAGCAACAGUAGCACCGAUAGCGAUGGUAAUAGUAAUAACAAGGGCAAGGCGACAUCAUCAGUGCCUAGCUCGAAUUAUGUCGUACCCUUGGACAAUCCCUCCUACUCAUGCAUCACUCGUCCCGUAGAUGAGAUUCUUCGAGACCUCAAUAAGCGGAUCCCUAAUAACAUCAUCGUUAAAUAUCCGGAUAGUAUCCAAGCGACGUCCAUCCCCUGGUACCAUUCCAACAGGAUGUUGAGUUUCUAUGCUCCAGGUGCUUUUCUUGAACAUUGCAUUUCCUUUUUCAGGAAAUAUGUGUUAGUUUCCCAAUUUCAAUUCUCAUUUAUAAACCUACCUGGUAGCCAAUUUUGAUAUAAUGAAUAUUUCUAUUUUGUAAUAAUAAUUAUUUAUGCAGGUGUUAGAAUUGCUUGAAAUAAUCCAGUUUAGGUCUCUAGAUACAACAAUGAAGCAUUCCAAGUUUCUUUCUCACACAAAAUUUAGACCGGUGGUACAAUCCAACUUUUACUUUUUACACCCAAAACAUAUUUUUACUAUAAUAAAAUCAUGAUUAUUUGAAGAAAUUCCUUUUUUGUAGGCUGAUGAUAUUCUAAAUGUUGUAUUAUUAUGAAACAAAAAUCCAAGUUUUUUUCAAAAAAAAAACUUGGAUUUUGUAAUUUCAGUUGGAGUUGUAAGAACCAUUUUUAAAGUUACUGUAGCAAAUCAUGCCUGUAAAGUAAGCUUUUCCAUAGUUUCAAUAUGAAUUUAGAAAAUUACAUAGUUUCAAUCAUGUGAUUCACAUAUCAAUUAUAUGUGAUUCCCAUGUAAAUCACAUAUGAAUUACAUGUGAUUCACAUGUAAAUCACAUAUGAAUUACAUGUGAUUCCUUGUAAAUCACAUGUAAUUCAUAUAUGAAUUACAUGUGAUUCACAUGUAUAUCACAUGUAAUUCACAAGUGAAUCACAUAUGAAAUAUGAAUUACAUGUGAUUCACACAUAAAGCACAUGUGACUUACAUAUAAAUGUAAUUCACAAAUGAAUCAAAUAUGAAUUACAUGUGAUUCACAUAUAAAUCGCAUGUGAUUCACAUAUAAAUCACAUGUAAUUCACAUAUAAAUCACAUGUAAUUCAUAUGUAAAUCACGAGUGAAUCACAUAUGAAUUACGUCUAUAUGCACACAUGCAUUUUGUGUGAGUGCUCUUUGUUUUUAUUUUCUUGUGAAUUUCACAUUUAAAUCUUAAAAGAUACAAUCACAUGUGAAUAACGAACUUGCAAAACGGAUCUGUUUAUCAUAAAGAGAUUCGUUGUUCCUAACCUACUUCACCUUAAUUGUUAUUUGAACAAGUAAAAGUUAUGUCUUGGUCCGAGUGGGGAUAACAUUUCUCUCCUGCAUGUCCAUGGAGUUUUGAAAAAUCCAAACAUCUCAGAGAUAGAUAGAGACGUUGGAAUUUAUCGAACGAACCGCAAUCCUUCGUAUACGUCAGGAAUCCAUUGAUGAGAAGGGGGCAGGGGAAAGCUUGAACCCAAUUCCUAAAAUGAUGAAUAUGAGCGCAAUUGAAAUUCCUAAGGAGUUAUGCAUUUGUGUAUUGAUAAGACCAUUCACUAUUUCUUAAAGCUUGAUCUCUCCCCCGGAUGAACCAUAUAGCCACAUUAUAUAAUCGCAUAUCAAUCUUAUAUGAUAUAUACAUAUGUAUUUUUGUGAAGGUUCUUGCAUUAAUCAUUUUUUUUUA